AUGGACGACACCGUCCCCGAUACACCUAUCCGCAAUAAGAAUGUCGUCCACAGCACACCUCCCGGCAGUGUCGUGGACGACGCUGAAUAUGAGACGAUCGCCACACUCCCUGCGAACCCUCCGCAACAUUUGCUGGCAACACAAGCUUUGUCCCCCAUACAGCGCCUUACCCAGCCAACGCAACUAGUCGAACAGCCGUACUCCGCGAAGGGCAACUCUAUCGUGCAGGUGGCAGCUUCAUCGCCUCUCCGCCUUGCGUCGUCCCCUUCUCGUCCUUCGCCUGCUGGGGGUCGCCUCUCGAACAUGAUGGCCCCAAGCGGCACGCGAUUCUGUCCUCCCGCGAAACGGACACCGGUCAUAAAUCUGGAUGACGAGCCGACGUAUCGCGGUGGCUCUUCAGAUGACGAUAUCCAGAUGAGUACGGACAUCAAGCCUGCUAUGUUCAUGAAAAAGAGCCCGGAGAAGAGCACGUUUGAUCGCUUCAAAGAGAUUACGUCCUCCGCCGUUUACGAUCCUGCGAAUACGAACGGCAAACGGUCCGCUGUUGAUCCUCCCGCGAGGGGUGUCGCGGUGAAGAAGGUUCGACAAGGCGGGCCUUCACGGGCUCAGCCAGUCGACUUACAACCACUGACAUUAGACGACAUUGAAGACUACCAAUUGCGAAUCAAAAUCAAGAGGAUACAGAACGUUUUGCCGCAAAAAUCAGUGAAUGACUGCGCACAAGCUCUGUUGACGAAGCGGGGCAACUUUGACCAUGCGAUGGAAUAUCUCGCCAGCAUUGAGGAUCGCAAGGAGAUCUCGUCCGAGGAUGAACUAAGUCAAAGUACCCCCCAGGUGUCGCACGCGAAGCAGAACAUUAAAGCUCAAGGAAGGAUUCAGGACAAGUGGGCCGCAAUGAAUCUACCCAAGCCACAAAAGUCACAAGAGGAAGAGUCGAAGCCGCGGAAGCGAUUGAUUCGAGGACCGCGUACUCAAUCUCCUGGAGCCGGAGAUGAAACACCUCCCAAGAAGACCUUUGGUCGACUGGUGCAAGGACGCAGGCGUCCAUCACCAGCACGGUCCGAAUCUCCCGAGGCGCCUCAAGAGUUUUCCGACGACUCAGACUCAGCUUUCGAUGGCCAGGAAGGCUCAGGGAUCGUUUUGGAAGUACUAGGCUUUUUCAACACAUGUACUGCUCCAGAUUUAGCCGAUAUCGCCGCGAUUACCGAAGACCUCGCCGAGUACAUCAUCGGCAAGCGACCUUUCACUUCUCUGGAUGAAGUUCGAGUUAUCCCCUCUCCGCCUGCUGACCAGCCACUGACCAAGACUGGCAAGCGGCGCAAGGCGCCCAAACCGGUUGGUGAUCGAAUCGUCGACAAGUGCCUUGACAUGUGGGUGGGUUACAAGGCUGUUGACUCUCUUGUCGAGCAAUGCGAGACCCUAGGCAAACCUAUUGCAAUGGAGAUGAAGAAAUGGGGCGUGGAUAUCUUUGGGAAGCGCGAAGGCGAGCUUGAGCUGGUGUCUCUGGAGCUUCCAGGCUCUCAUGACUCUGGAAUUGGCACACCCGCGAGUCAACGAUCAGACGAUGACAGCGACAGCCCCGAGUCAAGGUCUCGCAAAAAGUCUCGAUUUAUCUCCCAACCAGGCAUCAUGGCCGAGGAUUUGAAGAUGAAGAACUACCAGAUUGUUGGUAUAAACUGGCUAUCGCUGCUCUUUGAGAAAGAGCUCAGCUGCAUCCUGGCAGAUGAUAUGGGUCUUGGAAAGACCUGCCAGGUCAUUGCCUUUUUAGCCCACUUGUACGAAAAAGGCAUCAAGGGGCCUCAUCUUAUUGUUGUUCCAUCCUCCACCAUCGAAAACUGGCUCCGCGAGUUCCAAAAGUUCUGUCCCACCCUUUCAGUCAUGCCGUACUACGCCGACCAGGCGAUGCGCGCUGAGAUACGUGAGCAAAUCGAGGAAAACAGAGACAGCAUUAAUGUCGUUAUCACAACUUAUACAAUUGCAAAGGCUAAAGUGGAUGCGCACUUCUUGCGCAACAUGAAUUUCUGCGUUUGUGUUUACGAUGAAGGACACAUGCUCAAGAGCAGCACGUCAGUCUUGUAUGAGAAACUGAUUAGAAUUCGCGCGCGCUUCCGCCUCCUUCUGACGGGCACGCCACUACAAAACAACUUGCAGGAAUUGGCUUCGCUGCUAGGGUUUAUUCUUCCAAAGGUGUUCCAGGAUCGGAAAGAGGAUUUGCAGUAUAUCUUUGCCAACAAAGCAAAGACUGUCGACGAAUCACACUCUGCCCUUCUCUCAGCGCAGCGAAUCGAACGGGCCAAGUCAAUGCUCAAGCCAUUCGUGCUCCGGCGGAAGAAGCACCAAGUUAUUGACCUGCCCGCGAAGACAUCUCACGUUGGCUACUGUGAGAUGAACGCCGCCCAGCGCGAAAUCUACGAACACGAACAAAACGAAGUGAAGAAACUCCUCGCAGACCGCGCAGCCGGCAAGAAGACUGGUAACAAAUCCGCCAACAUCCUGAUGAAGCUCCGACAAGCAGCCAUCCACCCCCUCCUCCACCGCCGCCACUACACUGACAAAAUCCUCCUCCAAAUGUCCAAAGCCUGCCUCAAGGAAGAACAAUGGUCCCUUUCAGACCCAAACACUAUCUUCGAAGAGCUCCAAGCCUACAACGACUUCGAAUGCCACCAACUCUGCCUCUCCAACCCUAAAUCCCUCGGCAAAUUCGCUCUCAAGAACAACGAGUGGAUGGAUUCGGGCAAAGUCGAGAAACUAUGCGAACUCCUUCGCCGCUUCAAGGAAAAUGGCGACCGCACCCUUGUUUUCUCCCAGUUUACCAUGGUCAUGGAUAUCCUCGAGGACGUCCUUGAAAACCAGCACCUCAAAUUCGUCCGUCUGGAUGGCCGAACCUCUGUCGAGGAUCGGCAAUCUAUCAUGGAUACCUUCUACGAGCGUACCGAGAUCCCCGUUUUUCUCCUCUCCACGAAAGCAGGUGGUGCAGGAAUUAACCUUGCCUGCGCGAACAAAGUCAUCAUCUUUGACUCGAGCUUCAACCCGCAGGAAGACGUGCAGGCCGAGAACCGCGCGCACCGCGUCGGGCAGACUCGCGAAGUUGAAGUUAUCCGGCUGGUAACGAAGGAUACGAUUGAAGAGCAGAUCUAUGCGCUCGGCCAGACGAAACUUGCGCUAGACCAAGCCGUUGCGGGCGACGACGCGGCCGAGAGCAAAAAGUCUGAGGAGGCGGGUAUGAAGGCUGUUGAGGAGAUGGUUCUCGCUGAUAUGACGCAAAAGGAGGCUAAAGAGGAGGCAUCUAUUGAAUAA